AUGGCGGCCUCGGCGGCAGCGGCCUCCGCGGCGGCGGCGACAGCCGCCUCGAGCAGCCCAGGUCCGGGCGAAGGCUCGGCGGGUGGCGAGAAACGCGCCCCCGCUGCGGCCGCGGCCGCAACUUCGACUGCGGCCUCGGCCUCGGCCUCGGCCUCCGCCUCCGCCUCGGCGUCGUCGCCCGCUGGGGGCGGCGGCGGCGAGGCACUGGAGCUGCUGGAGAACUGCGGCGUGUGCCGGGAGCGUCUGCGGCCCGAGAGGGAACCGCGCCUGCUGCCUUGCCUGCACUCGGCCUGCAGCGCCUGCCUCGGGCCCCCGGCGCCAUCCACCGCCAACAGCUCGGGGGAGGCCGGGGCGGCGGGCGACGGGGCCGUCGUGGACUGUCCUGUGUGCAAACAGCAAUGUUUCUCAAAAGACAUUGUGGAGAAUUAUUUCAUGCGCGACAGUGGCAGCAAGGCUCCCACUGACUCCCAGGAUGCGAAUCAGUGCUGCACCAGCUGUGAGGAUAACGCCCCAGCUACCAGCUACUGUGUGGAGUGCUCCGAGCCGCUGUGUGAGACUUGUGUGGAGGCACACCAGAGGGUGAAGUACACCAAGGACCACACUGUGCGCUCCACUGGGCCAGCCAAGUCCCGAGAUGGUGAACGCACAGUGUAUUGCAAUGUGCACAAGCAUGAGCCCCUCGUACUGUUCUGCGAGAGCUGCGACACCCUCACUUGCCGGGACUGCCAGCUCAAUGCUCACAAGGACCACCAAUACCAGUUCCUGGAGGAUGCAGUGAGGAACCAGCGCAAGCUCUUGGCCUCACUGGUGAAGCGUCUUGGGGACAAGCACGCAACACUGCAGAAGAACACCAAGGAGGUUCGCAGCUCGAUUCGCCAAGUGUCCGACGUGCAGAAGCGUGUACAGGUGGAUGUUAAGAUGGCCAUUUUGCAGAUCAUGAAGGAACUGAACAAGCGAGGCCGAGUGCUGGUCAAUGAUGCCCAGAAGGUGACUGAGGGGCAGCAGGAGCGCCUGGAGCGGCAGCACUGGACCAUGACUAAGAUUCAGAAGCACCAGGAGCACAUCUUGCGCUUUGCCUCCUGGGCCCUGGAGAGUGACAACAACACAGCUCUCCUGCUCUCCAAGAAGUUGAUCUACUUCCAGUUACACCGUGCCCUAAAGAUGAUCGUGGACCCUGUGGAACCCCAGGGCGAGAUGAAGUUCCAGUGGGACCUCAACGCCUGGACCAAGAGCGCUGAGGCCUUCGGCAAGAUUGUGGCAGAGCGUCCUGGCACCAACUCAACAGGCCCUGCGCCCAUGGCCCCUCCACGGGCUCCAGGGCCUUUGAGCAAGCAGGGUUCUGGCAGCAGUCAGCCCAUGGAUGUGCAGGAAGGCUAUGGCUACAUGUCAGAUGAUCCUUACCUGAGUGCGGAGCCCCAUGUGUCAGGCAUGAAACGGUCCCGCUCAGGUGAGGGUGAAGUGAGUGGCCUCAUGCGAAAGGUACCCCGGGUGAGCCUUGAGCGCCUGGAUCUUGACCUCACGGCUGACAGCCAGCCGCCAGUCUUCAAGGUCUUCCCAGGCAGCACCACCGAGGAUUACAACUUGAUUGUUAUUGAGCGUGGGGCUGCAGCUGCUGCUGCUGGACAGCCUGGGACUGUACCUGGAGCCACCGGUGUCCAGCCCCUGCCAGGCAUGGCCAUUGUUAAGGAGGAGGAGACAGAGGCCGCCAUUGGAGCCCCACCUGCUGCCACUGAGGGCCCUGAAACCAAGCCUGUGCUGAUGGCCCUGGCAGAGGGUCCUGGUGCUGAGGGCCCCCGCCUGGUCUCACCCAGUGGCAGCACCAGUUCUGGCCUGGAGGUUGUGGCUCCGGAGGGCACCUCAGCCCCAGCUGGUGGCCCGGGUGCCCUGGAUGACAGUGCCACCAUCUGCCGUGUGUGUCAGAAGCCAGGUGACCUGGUCAUGUGCAACCAGUGCGAGUUCUGCUUCCACCUGGACUGCCACCUGCCGGCCCUGCAGGAUGUGCCAGGGGAGGAGUGGAGCUGCUCACUCUGCCACGUCCUCCCUGACCUGAAGGAGGAGGAUGGCAGCCUGAGCCUGGAUGGUGGUGACAGCAGUGGUGUGGUGGCCAAGCUUUCCCCAGCCAACCAGCAGAAGUGUGAGCGUGUCCUGCUGGCACUGUUCUGCCAUGAGCCAUGCCGGCCCCUGCACCAGCUGGCAACUGACUCCAGCUUUUCUGUGGAUCAGCCUGGUGGUACUUUGGACCUGACCCUGAUUCGCGCCCGUCUCCAGGAGAAGUUGUCACCCCCCUACAGCUCUCCUCAAGAGUUUGCCCAGGAUGUGGGCCGUAUGUUCAAGCAGUUCAACAAGCUGACAGAGGACAAGGCAGAUGUCCAGUCAAUCAUUGGCCUGCAGCGCUUCUUUGAGACUCGCAUGAAUGAGGCCUUUGGUGACACCAAGUUUUCUGCUGUGCUGGUGGAGCCUCCGCCACUGAGCCUUCCUGGUGCCAGCCUGAGUGCCCAGGAGCUGUCCAGUGGCCCUGGUGAUGGCCCCUGAAGCUUUGAACCAGCUCAGCCUGGAUCUGUUCUAUCACCCCCGUGCCCUUCCCUCUGGUGGUUUGGCUCCUACUCCUUGGUAGCCCCAUUCCCCAGCCCCUCACAAUACGGUUUUUACUUCUGUGGAUUUAAUAAAAACUUCACAAGUU